CAAACGGUUUGCGCCAGUGUAUAGGUAACGACGAUAACAAGACAGCUGUGGAUUGAGAGAGAUGGGGUGUUAGGCAAAAAUAUAAUGAAAAGUGCAUUUAGGUAUAUGUAUUCAGUGCUUAAAUUAAUGGAAGACACAGAGCAGAUAUAGUGCAUUAACUAUCAACUAUUAUUAUUAACUAUUUUAAUAAUGCGUCAUAUUCAAUUCAAAAGUUUUGAAAUGUUCGAAUAUUGUUUAGGCAAACAAGGCAAAUGAAAGAACACCACUUAUGAAUGAUGGGACUGGCACUUCACCAACUUCAUAUCCACAAGCAAUAGGGUAUUAUCAUUAUAUACCAAUUUAUAGUGUCAAUUGAAAGUAAAUGUUUUCUUGCAUCUCCUUGUGUGAGAACAUAUCACAUGAAAAUCAGUAAAUCACACAAUUUGACUGGCAACAGCUCUGAGCAGUGCACAUUACUUUUAUUCACCUAUGAGUAAUAAAAUUGUUGAGUAUCAGGGAUAUUUACAAGCAUUUUAGUCUACUACCCUUUUUCAGAAGAACAUUGAGUUUUUUAGGAGCUGACCAUAUUUCUUGACGGAGGUGCUCGCUUGAAAUAGGUGCUUGCUGCAGUGCUGCAUUUGCUCAAUACAUUGGUUGUUCUUCAAUUGACUGCCAUAUUAAUUAAACUUCACUGUUCCUUUUGCAACGAAAUAGAAAAGUGCUUAUAAACUAUAAAGGGCGAUUUACAAUUACACAUCUUUUGCCUAAAACUCAGUUGCAUGCAACAUGCUCACAACUUGAGUUGUACUGUGUAAAUUGUCUUAGGUGAGGUGUGUGCUUGAUUUACACAGCACAACUCAAGUUGUAAGCAGGUUGCAUGCAACAGUUUUAGGCACAAAUUGUGUAGUGUAGAUCGGCCUUAAAUAUCCUUGAGUAUGGAGCAAAAAUUAUAGAAGUAUUUUAUUAUCAAAUACCGUUUCCCUCAAUAGUUGUAGUGUACAGUAUAUAAGAUAAUAUUAUAUUGUAUAUUAUAAUUUUUAAAGAAAUUAAAUAACAUGCAUACUUGUUGUGUUUAGUGAUGGAGCAAGGGAAACAUCAGGAUCAUUCAACAAAUCAGAUCAACAGUCAAUGCUAAGUAGAAUUCUUAACCAAACAGCAAAGUAAUGUUCAGUUUUGAAUUUUUUUUAUUUUGUGUUUGCAAAAGGCCAGACAGUAUAUCAAUGUAAAAAUCCUUGUGAGAUGUUCCCUAGUAUGAUUCAGGGCAAACAAAUUACUGUAAAUAUUGGUUUUUUAUUAGAAAUCAUUGUUAUUGUAACUUGGGAGUCAAUCGUUCUAGCAAGAAGAAGACGCCUGCUCAGGCGUUCAUUUCGGCUAUGUAGCAACACCCAGACAUGGGAGGGAUUGGCGAACUGGAUAUUAAAAACUGGGUCAUUACAUUAAAUAUAUUGGGGGGGGGGGGGGCUAAUCUUCGGUUUUGUCUGGUAGGUUGUCAUAAAAUGGUGCGUUACCGGUACUUCAGUAUAACCAAAUCACUGCAAAUGUUACAAAGCCCUUCAUCAGGAAGAUGCUCAAAACAUUGGCAUGGGUCAUUCGUGAAAGGGUCUCUCCAUGUGGAGGACAUUUUUGCUGUGUGGAAAGGGAGGGGGUAGGCGGGGUAAUCUGUUUUGAUAAUAAACAGUUAGGUAGUAAAUGUACAACUGUCUGACGUCUAAUGGGAAAAGAGAGUUAUCUUCUCAUUUCCUCUGUGAGGGAGAUGUUGGCCGUUUUCAGGACUGGUCCUUAUUACAAUACUUUCAAACUAAUUUUACAAUGAUUUACCGAAAAUUAUUACUAGCUUGUUGUGUUUAAUGUACUAUAUUUGUUAUUUUAGCAAUGUAAUUGAUGUCACAACAGUAGAACCUCACAGUUUAGAAAAAGGAGAGUUCAUAGAACGAGCUAAACAAUAUCAGUAAGAUGAACUAAAUAGAUGCUUACUUACUUGCUUGCUAGAGUUGAAGUACACAAGUUUAAAAUAGUCGCUAAAAUAAAUUGAUAUUUUUAGACAUUAUGGUAACACAGGCAGUUCAUCGUCAAGGAUACCUCAAGGUGCUCUCCCUCCUGGUACGGCAGCACCACAGGUUGUGUUAGCUGCGGAACCUGUAUCAGCACAUGAUAUAAACCUGGUAAGCAAACACUCUCUUUUACACAUGGUUUUACAAAAUGUAAUGUUUUCAAAGGAAAACAGUCGCAAAACCCCGAAUGUAACCCUUUGGCUAUACGUUUGUUGAUACGGCACAUCUUUCUCACACCCAUGCAUGCAUGGCACAUUAGAAUGUGGUUGGUUUGUGCAAAAGGACUCCGGUCUUUACGAUGUAAUCUAACUUGUCUGCAUGUUCAUAAUGGUCGAAUUCUAUUUUUGGUAUCAUGGUAGAAUCCUACCUGCAUGAGGUUUAUUUUCCUUGCUUUUAAUACCUCGCUUUUGUGAGAAUGAAAAUAUACUACCUCUGGUCAAAGCAAGGAGAAUCCAUAUCUGGAACCAACGCAUUUUUUUGAACAAACUGUAUACAUAUUAUGUUUUUACCGACUGAUGGGAGAUCCGUUGACACAAAGUGCAUUGAAGUUAAUUCAGUUUAUUUUAUUAUCUUUAGUAUGGAUAAGUUGGGAUUUUCAACUUUUUGGGUAGCUUUUUGAGUUUGAAAAUUAUCUUCACUCCUUGGUUGUUUGGGCGUGAAACGCGACAGGUCAUGUCAUGCAUAUUCAGUUCAGUUAUGGACCGGGGGAAAAGUAAAUUAUAUUAUUCCGCUGUUAUGACGAGGACCGGACCAGAGCAUACUUCGUCUCAGUUUGAUCGAUUGUUUUGGAUGCCUAUACAGUAUAUUAUUCCAAACACAAUACUUUUCUUUUUCUUGUAGGUUAAAAAUUUUUCAGAACAAACAUCGUCUGCGUUAAAAAAUUUCGAAGUUAGCGGCGGAGAACCCUUUGUCGUACAGUUUGGAGCAACAUAACACAGACAUUAUUUUAAUUAUGAUAAUUUAUGGAAUAAUGUUUGCGUCGCCUUUAUACGCAUUGCAACAUUAUCAAAUGAAUGAACGAUUGGACGUCGAAAAUGCAAAGAACGAUGACGCAGCGAAAUACGCAGACUGGAUUUAGAUGAAUUAUCACAAAUUAUUAAUGCCUCAUUCGUUAACUGAAUUUUAUUAAGUAGUUUCUAUAUACUAACAUAUAGAUAAUAUAAUAAAACGACUAUAACUAACUAGUUAACAAUAGUGAGCACGAAUGAUUAAAAUUAAAACUUAAUUUUCAUACUAAUAUUUUAAAUACUGUGUGACGUGUACUGGUCUUCCUCAAGAUAUAAAAAUGCGUGUAUAUUGAAUGUUUUUGUGAAUAGGGAGUGAAACUGUUUAGUAGAGGAUUUUUUGUACUUGCUUCGUUGUCAACAGCUGUUUUGCUUAUUUUUUACAAUAGUUUUCAUAUUUGACAUGUUGGUACUACAUGGCUUUAAAAAAAACCUAUGCUGUAAAAUAGUUCACAACUUACGGACAACACAAUUUUACAGAAAGACUAUUGUCACAGUCUUUUUUUUUUAUUGUCACAGGACAUGCAUGAAUGAUAUAAAUGUUCGCAUUUUAUCAUCAUUACGAUAAAUUUUGCUGUGCUUUUUUGCACCUGGUUCGGGCGUAGAAAGGUAGCCCAGUUCCCCGCUAGAUCAUAGUGCAAGUUGAGCUUUAGCCGGUUACAGACGAGGAAGCUUUAUAAGUUUUCUAUGACAAGUUUUAUUUGACAAGUUUUGCCAAUUUUUCUAUGACAAGUACACACUUAUUCAAAGCUAGUACUUGUAGUACAAAUUUUGUUCGUGUGUAUGU